AUGGAGGCCUCCCUGACGGCCCGGGAUCGCGUGGGCAUCCAGGAUUUUGUUCUCCUCGACCCCCACACGAGUGAGAGUGCCUUCCUGGACAACCUGAGGAAACGCUUCCAUGAGAACCUCAUUUACACUUACAUUGGGACUCUUUUGGUAUCCGUCAACCCGUACAAAGACUUGGAUAUCUACAGCAAGAAACAGAUGGAUACCUACAUGGGUGUCAACUUCUUUGAGCUCCCACCUCACAUUUAUGCACUGGCAGACAACGUCUUCCGCACCAUGCAGUCUGAAUUCAACAACCACUUCAUCCUGAUAUCAGGCGAGAGCGGGUCCGGCAAGACGGAGGCCUCCAAGAAAAUCCUGCAAUUCUACGCUGUCAGCUGUCCAAGCACCAGACUCCUGAACAACGUCCGGGACAGACUGCUGCUUUCCAACCCGGUGCUUGAGGCUUUCGGAAAUGCCAAAACCCUGAAGAACGACAACUCAAGCCGCUUUGGGAAAUAUAUGGACAUCCAGUUUGACCACCAGGGCGGUGCAGUAGGCGGUCACAUUCUGAGCUAUCUGUUGGAAAAGUCCCGCGUGGUGCACCAGAAUCACGGAGAGAGAAACUUCCACAUCUUCUAUCAGCUGGUAGAGGGGGGAGAGGAAGAUCUGCUCCGCUGGCUGGGCCUGGAGAGGAACUGCAAGAACUACAAUUAUCUGGUGCAGGGUGAUUGUGCCAAAGUUAGCUCUAUUAACGACAAAAGUGACUGGAGGACGGUGCGGAAAGCCCUCUCUGUCAUAGACUUCAGUGAGAGUGACGUAGAGAACCUGUUUGGAAUCAUUGCAAGUGUGCUCCAUCUGGGCAAUAUCAAGUAUGAAGCGGAUGCUCUGGGAUAUGCCUCUCUCAACAACAACCAGGAGAUGCACUGGGUGUCAAAGUUGUUGGGGAUUCCUGCUCAGGUGCUACAACAGGGUUUAACCCACAGGAAGAUUGAGGCCAAAUCAGAGGAGGUGCUCAGUCCAUUCUCUGUGGACCAUGCAGUUUAUGCCAGGGAUGCUCUUGCCAAAGCCAUCUAUGGACGCACUUUCAACUGGCUGGUCAACAAGAUCAAUGAAUCUUUGGCUAACAAGGAUUCCUCCAGGAAAACAGUGAUUGGUUUGCUGGACAUCUAUGGUUUUGAAGUUUUCAAUGUGAACAGCUUUGAGCAGUUUUGCAUAAACUACUGCAACGAGAAGCUUCAGCAACUCUUCAUCGAGCUGACCCUCAAGUCAGAGCAGGAGGAGUACGAGAUGGAAGGAAUUGAGUGGGAACCAGUGCCAUACUUCAACAACAAGAUCAUCUGUGAUCUUGUGGAGGAGAAACACAGAGGAAUCAUCGCUUUGUUGGAUGAGGAAUGUUUACGUCCUGGAGAGGCCACAGACCUCACCCUCCUGGAGAAGAUGGAGGAAAAGAUUGGUGGUCACCCUCAUUUUGUAACACAUAAACUUGCAGACCAAAAGACGAGAAAAACACUGGAGAGAGGAGACUUCCGCCUCCUGCACUACGCUGGAGAGGUGACAUACUGUGUUGUUGGUUUCUUGGACAAAAACAAUGACCUCUUGUAUAGAAAUGGGAAAGAGGUCAUGCGUCAGUCCAAGAACACCAUCAUCAAACACUGUUUCCCUCCAACAGAACCAGAUAGCAAGAGGAGGCCUGAAACUGUGGUGACUCAGUUUAAGAGCAGCCUGGUGGGCUUGACUGAGAUCUUAAUGUCCAAAGAGCCUUGGUACGUCCGCUGCAUCAAACCCAAUGAAGCUAAGCAGCCAGGACGUUUUGAUGAUGUGUUGGUAAGACACCAGGUGAAGUAUCUGGGACUGAUGGAGCACCUCAGAGUCAGGCGUGCUGGAUUUGCAUACCGACGUAAAUAUGAAAUCUUUCUCCAGAGGUAUAAGCCUUUAUGUCCAGACACCUGGCCAAACUGGAAAGGUACGGCAGCAGAAGGUGUGCGGUGCUUGAUUAAACACCUGGGCUACAGAUCUGAUGAGUACAAGAUGGGCAGGACCAAAAUUUUCAUACGGCAUCCAAGAACCCUGUUUGCAACGGAAGACGCCUUUCAGGUGUGCAAACAUAAGCUUGCAACAAGGAUUCAGGCCAAGUACAAAGGCUACAGAGUGAAAGGAGACUUCAUGAAACAGAGAGAGGCAGCCACAAAGAUUGAGAACUGCUGGAGAGGUAUGAUGGCCAGAAAGAACGAGGAAAAGAGGGCAUGGGCUGUAAAAGUCAUCAAGAAGUUCAUUAAAGGCUUCAUGACUAGAAAUCAGCCUGCCUGCACUGACAACAGUGAGUACCUGGCGUAUGUGAGGCAGAACUACCUCACACGCCUGAAAGAUAACCUCCCGAAAACGGUCUUGGAGAGAGACAUGUGGCUCACCCCUCCGCCGAUAAUGAAGGAGGCCUCCCAGAUGUUGAAGAAGCUCUACAUUCGCCAAAUGGUGAGGAAGUAUGUCAGAGGAAUCACUGCACCGAGGAAAGCACAGCUACUCUUAAAAGAUCUGACAAGCUCCAUGUUCAAAGGAAAGAAGGAGAACUACCCCUUCAGUGUGUGCAGACCGUUUGUGGACACCAGGAUAGGUGCAGAUGACAUAAGCAUCAAAGUCCUUCAGAUGAUUCGACAUGAGCACAUCAAGUACAGCGUGCCAGUGGUGAAGUAUGACAGAAACGGGUUCAGGCCUCGCCCCCGGCAGCUCAUCUUCUCACAGGAAGCUGCUUACCUGGUAGAGGAGGCCAAGAUCAAGCAGCGGAUAGAUUACAGAUCUCUGAAAGGUGUGUCUGUGAGCAACCUGAGUGACAACUUCCUGAUCCUACAUGUCACAUUUGAUGACAUCAAGCAAAAGGGGGAUCUUGUUCUGCAGUGUGAGUACCUGUUUGAGGCCCUGACGAAGCUGACUAUUUUUGCCAACAAGCAGAACUGCAUCAAAGUGGUCCAGGGCAGUGUGCGUUUUGACAUCCAGCCCGGCAGAGAGGGGUUUGUAGACUUCAAGAGUGGUCAGGAGUCCAUGAUCUACAGGGCAAAGAAUGGCCACCUGAUGGUGGAAUCUACAAAAGCCAAGUCCAGGUGAUGCAGCUGGUGGUGUGUUGGUGAUGCUGCAGAUUUUAGUAACAGCCGUGUUUGUUCUGCUAUCCUGCUGCAUGGCUUUUGCCAAUUAGUGUUUUACAUCAGCUGAUUUUUACUUUUGCAUCAAUAUUAUUCAAUAGUGUAUUUGUAAUCAUACAGAAGCACUGCCAAUAUCUCAGCUCUAGUUAGCAGACAAGCUCAUAGCAGCCAAACCAGAAUUUCAGUGUCUGCUUGUUCCUAAUAUGGAAACUGGUUCCAGUACAGAACCAUCCAUAAUAUCAAUAGAAGCACUUGUAAUCUUCUUUUUGUAAUAAACUUACCUGAAAUCAUCUCUAGAUGAUGCAGUAGAUACAUGUGUAUGUUGUAUGUGUGCAGCCAUGAGUGUAACAGUGUUUAUAAUACUUUACCCAUGUUGUACCGUCUCAUUAAAAUAUGUUAAACCAGA